GUGGUAGUUGUUGGAGCUAGUGUAGGAAGGAGCAUGCGUAUGGGCCAGUGGUUGCCCGGGCUCUGCAUUCGCCUAUUUCGAUGUCGUAUACUCCUCUCUUCCUCUCGUUUUUGAGGUUAUGAUCGGACAUUUUUCCGCGGUAACCGAUUUUGUCUCACAGCCAGUGCUUGAAAUAUUUCCGAAAUCAUUGUGAACAGUUUCUUGUUGUUUCGUCGUUUUCACCAAAAGUUUCGUGGUAAACAGGAUUUAUCAGCUUGUGUUUUCGUCAGUUUCACCGAAAGAUCACCGGAGCGAUAACGGACGGCUAAUCACGGCUGAUAGUGUGCGAGAUAGUUCUCUUGAUUAUUCGUUAAUAAUAUAAACAGAAUAGAACUGUGCAAAAGUGUUGAGGAAUUAUUGGUGAUACCCGGUUUUUAUUUAUAGUGAAACUUUCAGCUUGCCAGCAACAUACUGGAGGAGAUGAGGUAGCAGCGGUUGGCUAACCUGUCUACAGAAACGAAAUUCGGCUUCGGGCCAACCCCACUAAUGGGAGUUUAUGAGCUCCUUGCUGACUCUAACGGGAUGCACUGGCAGCAGCAGCAACAGGAGCGUCCCCAGAUGCUAGCGGCCGCGUACGACCCGUCGCGCGACCUGUCGCCCAAUCUGCCAACCACAUGUCACCUGGACACGCCACCGGUCGCACCGCCUUGCUUCAAGACAGAAACCUCCACAUCGUCCGAGUGCCACGACUGUCAAUCGCCCUCGACUCCCCCCGAGCACCACCAGUCGCAGGGAGGCCCCACAGGGGGUCCAGGGGGUGACGAGGAGCUAGUCGUGUGUGCGGGGUGCGGUGGUCGCAUAUGCGACCGAUACUACCUGUACGCGGUCGAUCGCAGAUGGCAUGCGGCCUGUCUACAGUGUUCCCAGUGUCGUAGGGCCCUGGACAAGGAGGUCACCUGUUUCGCACGUGAUGGCAGUAUCUUCUGCAAAAAGGACUACUAUAGGUUAUUCGGCGCACGUCGCUGCGGCCGAUGUCAGGCGUCCAUUCUGUCAUCAGAGCUUGUGAUGCGAGCCCGCGACCGUGUUUUCCACGUGAACUGCUUCAGCUGUUCCGUCUGCUCAGCUGUGCUCACCAAGGGGGACCAUUUCGGCAUGCGGGACGGGGCCGUCUUCUGCCGCCUCCACUACCACGAGCUGCCUUCGCCGAUGGGGGGCGGCUCCACCCCCGACUACCCCUACCACCCCCAUCCGCACCCGCCUCCGAUGCCCUCGCCGGUCAGUGCCGCCCCCGCCGACCCAGUCAAGGUAGCCGGGUCCUUCUUCAACGGAGUGCCCACCCCCAGGCAGAAGGGGCGGCCAAGGAAGCGCAAGCCCAAAGAUCUUGAAGGCAUGACCGCUAAUCUCGACCUGAACGCGGACGCCUACCUGGAGGUGGCGUUUGGCCCCGGGACCCCUGGCAUGGGGGGCGCAAACGGCAGUCACCAUCAGCGCACAAAGCGCAUGCGCACAUCGUUCAAGCACCAUCAACUGCGCACCAUGAAGUCAUACUUCGCCAUCAACCACAACCCUGACGCCAAGGACCUCAAACAGCUCUCACAAAAGACUGGUCUGCCCAAGAGGGUACUACAGGUAUGGUUCCAGAACGCGAGAGCAAAAUGGCGACGGAUGAUGAUGAAACAGGAGGGUGGUGGCAAGGGUGGAUCGCUGGACAAAUGUGGGGAUGGCUCCAGCACAUCGCUGGAGGCUGCCUAUCAUCUUCCCUCUCACAGUCCGCAGCAUUAUCUCAGUUCAUCCCCACUAGAAUGCUCAUCGUGAAAUCCACUCUUCCUCAAUUCCUUGUAACGGACAUUUUUGUGACGAGGAAGUGCUCCAAUUGAGCCAACAACAAACUAAAACUAAGUAUUCAAUCACUCACUAACCGUCAAAAACCUCACGUUUUGAUGUUAAACGUCAAGGAUUUUUGAUGAUGAUUAUCACUGGUUGAUGGUGACGUUUAUCAUAGUUUGAAUAUGAUUAUCACUGGUAGAUGAUGAUUGUCACUGGACACUGGUUGAUGAUGAUUUUUAUCAUAGUUUGAUGAUGAUUAUCACUGGUAGAUGAUGAUUGUCACUGGACGGUUGAUGAUGAUUAUCACUGGAUUAUGAUGAUUAUCAUAGGUUGAUAAUCAUCACGGAUUGAUGAUGAUUAUCACUGGUUGAUGAUGACGUUCAUCACAGUUUGAUUAUUAUUAUCACUGACUGAUAAUAUUUAUCACCAGAUUGGUCAUCAACAUCACUCGUUGAUGGUCAUUAAAGCUUGAUAAUAUUCAUCAUGGGUUGAUGAUUAUCACAAGUUGAUGAUAAACAUCAAGGGUUGAUGAUGAUGAUUAUCACUGGUUGAUGAUUUUUAUCUCUUAAUCGUGAAUAUCGUUGGUUGAUGAUGAUGAUUAUCAAUGUAAUUAAAAUUAAUUAAUCAAUGGUUAAUGAUGAUUAUUACUGGUUGAUCGUGAAUAUCGUUGGUUGAUGAUGAUUAUCAUUGAUUGAUCGUGAUCAUCACAGGUUCAUGAUAAUCUUCAUAGCUUGCUAAUCAUAACAAGUUGAUGAAAAUCUCCACUAGUUGAUAAUCAUUAAGGGUUGAUGACAAUCAUCGAAGGUUGAUGAUAAUCAUCAGGGGUUGAUGAUAAUCAUCACUGUUGUGUUGUGAGGGUGCAAAAAGUAACUGUGAAUCAAUCUAGUAAAACCAUGAAAUACUCGUUGGUAGAUAGCAUAAUUUAUUGAGGAAUAAAUAGUGAACAAUGUAAUUUAGACUUCUUAUUCGAUUCGAUGUGAAAUUUGGUAGAAUUUGUUGGAGAUGAGUGAGGAUGGAAUAGUGAUAAAUGAAAUUUAGACUACUCAAUUAAUCUGUGAAAUCAAUGUGUGUAUCUGUGAACAGAACGGAACAAGAGCCUACAAAUAUAAUAAAUUAUAUUGAUUUAUUGAAUUUAAAUUAGAAAUCAAUGGGUCAACUUAUGUAAUUCGUCUCUGCUCUGGAAGCUGUGGUUAAUGCUUUGUUAAAAGAGAAAGAUAACGAUUCAAUUAACAUUGUGAAGAGACAAAAAAUCAGUAGAAAAAAUGUUUAAAACAAUAUAUUAUUAGUUUAGAAUAAACAGUUAAUUAUUAUUUUUGAGUUUCUAAAGAGAAGUUAUUAAAAAUUUGGAGUGAGUUCCUUUCAAACCAUGAUAAUCUUUUAGAAGGUUUUCCAAAACAAUUUCUAAAUUCUAGAAAUUAUUUCCCAAUAGGUAUCAUGGUUGGAAAAUAUCUAAAAUUUUAUAAACAAAACGAAAAACAUUAUAAAACAAAACGAACAAACGUUCAGAACGUUGAUAAAAAUGGAAUAUUAUUGUAAUAAAUAAAAAUCGAACCAUGAUGUUUCAGGACAAUAAUGAUUGUCUUCUUCAAAUACAAGACUGAUUCAGUAAGCUGAAGAAAAUAUGUAUGAUAGAUUUAAAAUUUAUUCAAAACGUUUCUAAAACUCAUUUGAAACCUAAAAAAAGAGAAAAACAAAAAUGAAAUGAAAAAUUGUUGACAAAAGAAGCACUUAUGGAGAAACCAUUAUUAACAAAUUAAAUCUAAUUUGAAACCUAAAAAAGAGAGAAAAACAAAAAAUGAAAUUGAAAAUUGUUGACAAAAUAAGCACUUAUGAAGAAACUGUUACUAAUUUUAAACCUAAAAAAAAGAGAAAAACAAAAAAUUAAAUCAAAAAUUGUUGACAAAAGAAGCACUCAUGAAGAAACCGUUACUAGAUAAUUAAAACUAAUUUGAAACCUAAAAAAAAGAGAAAAACAAGAAAUUAAAUCAAAAAUUGUUGACAAAAGAAGCAACCGUUAUUAUUAUGAAGCACAGCUAAAAGGUACUCUCCAGAAACAAAAGAUGUGAUAGUUAAUAAGAUAAAAUCAGUAUUUAUAUGUCUCGUUCUGAACGUAAUAAAAAGUGAAUUCAUGGAAUAAAACUUGAAGUAGGCUAGAAAAUAACCUAUUAUAUAUCACCCAACAGUUUAAUUUUCUGGAGCAUUCAAUAAAUGAAUCUUCUCAAAUAUGAAAUUACUUCCCAAUUUAUUGCAUAUUUCCAAUUCAGGAUUCUGGUGAACUAGAUUUAACAAUGAUCCUUGACGACCGCUAUAUUCAAUUUGAUUUUACUCACAAUUGAUCAUCAUUAGAAAUCAAAAUGUUUCAUCCAAUGGGAUUGAUGAUUAGAUUGUUAAGAUACGAUCUGAUAUCUAACUGAAGUUCAUAAUAUUUACAUAUAUAUAUAUAUAUAUAUAUAUAUAUAAUAUAUAUAUAUAUAUUCAUAUUUAUGACAUUAUGUACCUGUGUUGUUCUGAAGGAAUGUAUCUGUUAUGUGGAAGGUUAAGAUAUUGGGUGAGAAUGACUUGAUAUUGUCAAAAACACUAAUAUUUAUUGACAUAAUUUGAGAUACUAGUUUCGGAAGUGACACCACUGUCAAUCUUUAGUUCUAGUAAAGUGGAAGUUUAAACAUCGAGAAGCAGAUGAAUCUAGUGUUUUUGAUAGAAGCCCUACGAUUGGCUGUAAGCUGUUAACCAAUCAGAGUUGAGCUCUACGCAUAAUAUUUGGAAUACUUGGGCGAGUCUCGGCCAAUUACAGUAGAGCUCAACUUUUCAUUGGUCUAUAGCUAACGGCCAAUCGUAGGGCUUCACUCACACUAUAUUAAUUCAUAUUCUUCUGAUCGAUGGUGUUCACAAUCAUAUAUGCUUUCAGUUUAGUAAAGAUUUAUGAAUUAUUCAUAUUCUGCUGAUCAGUGCUCAGGCCUACUCAUGCUUUCAGUUUAGUGAUUGAAGAUGGUUUAACAGCCGAAACUAAUAUUCAAAAUUGUAUCAAUAAAUUGGUUGCUUUGACGAUUAUGUUGUAGAGUAUCAUUCACAGUUACAAACUUCCAAGUUGAAAUACAUAAUUUCUUUAUUUGAUUUCUCACUUUACUUCUCACUUUAUUCCUUCACUCAUCAAUGUUAAUCGAAUUCCCCAUCACUCGAAUUUACGAAGAGCUCUUGAGGGAUUUAAUUCUAACACAUAAUACAUUAAAGACGCUCAACUACAAUAGAUUAUUAUAGUUAGUUGAAUAAAUAACCUUCGAUGAACUACAACAAGACUUAUAAUGUAUAACACCGAUUGUAAUAUACAAAGAUCGAUUAAAUUCAGUGUAAAACGUUUUUGUGUAUUAGAUGUAUUUAUGUAAUUAGUGGUGAACAUUGUGAAUACUUCCCUGUAAAAAAUUGUACAGCUAUGAGGAUAGAACCUGAAAAUUUGUGAUGGUUAUCAUUAUGAAUGAUAUUCUGUAUUAAUAUUUGAUUGACGUUCACCGUGAUGUGAAAAAGUAUGGAUGUUUCUCACUUGAAUUAGAAAUAAUCGAUGUGCACACAAUCAGUGUGAUUGUAUUUCUGGAAUAUGAGAGAUUGUAAGUUAUUGUAAAAAUGUAAAUUUGACUAUACACGUUUUCACAGACAGUUUAAUUUGUUUAGUUUGAGAAACUAUGUCAGUUGAUGAUAGUAUUACCAGGGAAUGAUUCAUUUUUAAUGGCUAUUAAAUGUUUCGGAGCAGUUGAUUUCCUAAGAAAUUUUUGUUUCCUUAUUAUGUGCUCAUCAAAUUAUCGAGUUAAUGUAGAACAUUUCAUAUUCCUGCAAUAAAGAAUGAUAAAAUAUAACUGGCUGGAAAUUGAUAUUAUAUCACAUUAAGAAUUUCCACUUGAAUAUUAUGUGAUCGGUUGAUCUUCAAUACUCGAGCAUCAUAAACGUCUUCGUUUCCUAAAGCUGCGUUAACACCAAAGUUAUUAACAAAAUGUUUAUUUCCCGUCCUUAUAGAUCUUAUUAGAUUGAACAAAACUCAACAUACACAUGAUGAAUAUGUGUUUGUCAAGUUCCAUUCAAUCUAAUAGAAUCUAUAAGGAAGGGAAGAUAAACAUUUUGUUAAUACGCAGCUUAAGAAAUGGACUUAAUUGUUAUUGGGAAUUUCCAAAAAUCCACUGCGAAAUCACAGUUGUUAACAUAAAAAAGCAAGUGAGAAUUCAGUGAUAACAUUACUUUAACUCGUAUUCUACUAUUCUGUUAUACUCUCUCUGAGGAGGAAUUAUAAAUAUUAUUUAUUGUGUUGAAAAAACAAAAUCGUAUGCUUACAACUGACAUAGUUGAUAUGGAUGUGCAUAUAGGUAUGCCUCUGUGAUGAGUUAUGAAAAUAACAAUAUAUAUAGUCAGAAUUUUAGUCUGAGAAAGUAUUUUGGAAGAAUAUUUUCAUGUAGUACCAAAAAUAAUGAAUCCGUUCCAAUUGAAACCGAUCAUUUCUAAACGUUGUAAGUUGAUAUGAGUUGAUGUGACGCUUUAGUUUGAAAAUUAUCAUAAACAUUACAUUAAAAGUGAAAAAUAUGACGUAUAAAGAUUGCGGUACAUACCGAUUUAUUAAUUAAUUAUUAUUGUACUGUUUCGAACAAUACUACAUCACAAUCAGUAACAAAAUAUCAUUAACGUAAAUCUAUAAUAAUACCAUAGAGAAACAAAUCAUAAGUAGAUAUCCCAUGGUAUAGGGCUUUUAUGUCGCAUCUUUUACUGUUAUCUCAAGCCGAUAGUUCAUGUAAUUCUUUCCCGUGAAGCUGUGUGACACUGGUAGUCUCUCAUAUUGGGCCGUUCUUACACUCUCACCCCAAAAAAACAGUAAAAUUCAACAAUAAUCAACAGUAAUCGGCUUGAGUUAACGGUAAAAGUUGCGACAUAAACGCCCUAACCUUGGGAAAUCUACUUACGCUACUGUUUCUCUAUGAUAAUACCUAGUUCAAAUAUUGAAGUUUGUAAGCCUUUCCACUUUAGAAAGUCUUUUUUGGGCAACAAUUGAAAAUUCUGAUUCCAUAAAUACUUCUUAGACUGAAAUUCUAACCUCGUUAUUCAGGUGACUGAAUGGUUAAAGGGCUCAGCUCUAGCUGUUAUUAUUCGAAAUGAAUUAAAUUCAGUAUUCUUUAGUAUGUAAUUUCCAAGUAUAUUAGUAAAUAAAGAACACUGACAUCAAAACAUAAAUAUGUUGAAAAUAGAUGCAGCAGUUAAGAGUAGAACUCCAAAAAUAUUAUAGAUAUUCUUUUCACGAAGAGUUGAAAAAUUAUUGAAGCAGCAGAUUUUGCAAACGUAGACAGUUUAACAAAACUAAGGCCUCUAUGCACCAUCUACGUUUAAACGGGGAUUAAUCAGGGUUCGUUCAAACCCUCAAUGUAGCACAUUAUGAUAAAAUCUAUCAUAUUCUUUUUCUAGUAAACCAAGAUUAGUGUUUAACGUUGAUGGUGUAUAUAAGCUUUAGUCAAGCUGAGCCCUCUUAAUCGUCAGAUUAUUUGAAUAACUUCUAUUAAACUAAGGUUUAGGUUCUACGAGUUGUAAGUUCGAUAGCUGUAUUCAAAUAAUUAUUGUGAAAAGAAAUAGAUAAUAUUUAUGUUGUACGAAUAAAGUUGUGAUUGUUGUAAUAAAAUAAAUAUAUUAUUCUUGGUGUUUGGUGGUUAUCUGCCAGAACUGUAUUUAUUAUUUGAGACGAUAUCAAAUAUACACAGUUAUUAUUUAUAA